AUGGCUGUAGAACAUACAACAAAUCUGAGAGUUCUAAUGUUUCCCUACUUAGCUUAUGGACACUUAACACCUUUCCUUGAGCUAGCCAAGAAACUCUCAGAUAGAAGCUUCUCCAUUGACUUGUGUUCAACUCCCAUUAAUCUUAAUUUCAUCAAGAAAAAAAUUCCACACAAGUACUCUUGUUCAAUUCAGCUAGUGGAAUUCCAUUUACCAGACUUGCCUGAACUUCCUCCACAUUACCACACAACAAAUGGCCUCCCACUGCAUCUUCAUUCUACCCUCUACAAAGCCCUUGUGAUGGAAAAACCACAAUUUUACCAAAUCCUGAAAGAUCAAAAACCUGAUGUGUUAGUUUAUGAUAUAAUGCAACCAUGGGCAGCAAGGGUUGCAUCUAGUCUCAACAUCCCAGCAAUAAGAUUUUGCAAUACAAGUGCAGCUACGUGUUGUUAUUUUGGCCAUUUCCAGCUCAAACCAGGAACAGAAUUCCCUUUCCCAUCUCUCUAUCUCAAGGAUUAUGAGCAAGAGAUAGAGCGUCACAUAGAGCUUGAAGUGGAGGAAGAAGGUGAGAGAAUCAUGCUGCUGAACAGCUCUAGAGCAAUAAAUGCAAAGUACAUAGAUUAUCUUUCUGAAAUAGGACGAGCAAACAUUCUGCCUACUGGAGUAGUAAUUCAAGAUCUUGAAGAUGCAGGGGAUAUGGAGGAAACAGAACUCAUUCAAUGGCUAGGGAAGAAAAAGGAACAUUCAACUGUGUAUGUCUCAUUUGGGAGUGAGUAUGUCUUGACAAAGGAAGAAAUGGAAGAGGUAGCUCAUGGGUUAGAGCUUAGCAAUGUUCAUUUCAUAUGGGUUGUAAGGUUUCCAAGUGGAGAACAAGUUGUUAACCUUGAAGAGGCACUUCCCCAAGGUUUUCUUGAAAGCAUUGGAGAAAGGGGAAGGAUAGUUGAAGGAUGGGCUCCACAGGCAAGAAUACUGAAGCAUCCAAGUAUUGGAGCAUUUGUAUCACACUGUGGUUGGAAUUCCACACUUGAGAGCAUAGAGUUUGGUGUUCCAAUCAUAGCUCUGCAUAUGAACUUUUGCUCAGAUCAGCCUAUGAAUGCUAGAUCGGUUGUGGAGAAUGGAGUAGCCGUGGAGAUUGCGAGAGAUGGAAACGGGAAACUUCAUAGAGGUUAUAUAGCUGAGACUAUCAAAGAAGUGAUUUUGGGCGAAAAAAUUGGGGAGGAUUUGAGGAGGAAGGUGAAUAGUCUUGGUGAGAACAUAAGAUUGCUAAGAGAGGAACAGAUGGAUGGAGUUGCUGAGGUGAUAAAUCAGCUUUGUGAGAAGAAUCAGUCCAAGAAUGCCUCAACAUGAUGCAUUCAAGAGAUAACAAAGUGCAUCAGCAGUAACAGAGGCGGAUCUAAAACAAAUUCAACUAGUUCUGCA